ACAAUCAGUGGCUCUCUAUAAAGGGUUAGACCUUCAGUCAGUUGCAGAAGACAUAGUUAAACAUUUUCUUUCGUGGAGCAUUAUGGAGUUCUCUGUCACGUUGAUUUCAGCAGGGCUAACGUUACUCAUUGCUUUGGUGUGGUUGUUCAGUCAGAAGAGCAGUAAGCAGUUACCUCCAGGACCCACUGGCCUGCCUAUCAUAGGAAACCUUCUACAACUGGACAAAAUAGCUCCAUUCAAAACUCUGGUAAAGCUAAGUGAAAGAUAUGGCCCUGUGAUAACUGUGUACCUGGGGCUUCAGCGCACUGUGGUGCUGGUGGGGUAUGAUGCGGUGAAGGAGGCACUGGUGGACCAAGCAGAUGACUUCACUGGCAGAGGACCUAUUCCUUUACUGCUCAGAGCUACAAAGGGCUAUGGUUUGGCGAUCAGUAAUGGAGAGCGGUGGAAGCAGUUGCGACGUUUCACCCUGACAACACUUAGAGACUUUGGGAUGGGACGCAAGGGGAUGGAAGCGUGGAUCCAGGAGGAGAGCAAACACAUGGUGGCCCGCAUAAAUAGUACCAAAGCCACACCUUUUGAUCCCACCUACUACAUGAGCUGCACUGUGUCCAAUGUGAUCUGCUGCUUAGUUUUUGGUCAACGCUUCAACUAUGACGAUGACAACUUCCUCCGUAUUCUGGAGACAAUUUCAGAAAUCCUGAAAUUUGGCAGCAGUCCCUGGGGUCAGCUGUAUAAUAUCUUCCCUCGGUUGAUGGAAUGGCUACCAGGUCAACAGCACACAAUAUUUGCCGAAGUUGAAGACCUGAGAGACUUUAUGAUGAGAAGGAUCCAGGAACACCAGGACACGCUGAACCCCAGCUCACCCAGAGAUUACAUCGACUGCUUUCUCACUAGACUCAGUCAGGAAAAGCAUAUUCCCACAACUGAGUUCCACUAUGACAAUUUGGUGUCAACAGUGUUGAAUCUGUUCCUGGCAGGAACUGAAACCACCAGCUCAACUAUCAGAUAUGCACUAAGUGUACUGAUAAAAUACCCCAAAAUACAGGAGACCAUGCAAAAGGAGAUUGAUACUGUGAUUGGACAGGGGCGUUGUCCUUAUAUGGAGGACAGGAAGUGCCUCCCCUUUACAGAUGCAGUCCUCCAUGAAAUUCAGCGUUUUCUGGACAUUGCCCCUAUGAGCUUCCCUCACUAUGCACUCCAUGACAUCUCUUUUCGGGGUUACACAAUUCCCAAGAAUACAAUAAUUGUUCCCUUGUUGCACUCUUUGCUGAAAACGGAAAAACACUGGGCGACCCCUUGGUCCUUCAAUCCCCAGCACUUCCUGGACCAGAAUGGCAACUUUAAGAACAAUCCUGCAUUCCUGCCAUUCUCUGCAGGAAAGAGAUCUUGUGUCGGAGAGUCCCUCGCUCGCAUGGAGAUUUUCCUCUUCAUGGUGUCACUUCUGCAGCAUUUCACCUUUUCUUGCCCUGGAGGACCUGACAGUGUAGAUCUCAGCCCUGAGAACAGCAGCUUCGCCAAUGUGCCUCGCAAGUACAAGAUCAUUGCAACACCCCGGGGUUAAUGAGAUUUUACAGCAUACUCAUGUGUUUUCAUAUUUUCUUCUAGCCUUCAAACUCCCAAAAUCCCAAAUGGAUCAUUUGAUUCUAAAGUACCUCAUUUUGUGAGUAGAUCAAGAAAAUUGAUUUCUUUCUCCUGGGCAUGUAACUCCGGCCAUGUUUACUUCUGGCCAUGUCUUCUCAGAGCCCACAGGGGCAUCUGUUGGCAAAUAACCUCACAAUGUAAAAACUGAGAGGCUAUUGAUGUUGCUGCAGGCCUGUUAAAAAAUUACACUUUUAAUGGUGAAGAUAAUGUCUACUGGUUUUCCAAGAAUUUCCAUGUACCCAACUGACUUUCUAAAAUAUUUUUGUCACACAAAUGCUCACACCAGUACAGUACACACAGAUAUUUGCAUUUGAAAGAGGAGAGAACUGUUUUUGUAAUUUCCUGGACUCCUGUUGAGACAAUAUUUUAAAAACAGCUCGUUUGUAGUCCAGCCGCUUCCCUUCCUGUGACGACACAGCAAAAUAAGCGUCAUAAUGCUCGUCAAAGAUUUUUUAAAAGGCUAUCUUACUUAAUAUGUCAAAAAAUGCAUGAAUCACACAAUAAUAACUAAAAAGAAUUGUAUAUGAAUGUAUUUUAUUAAUAAACAAGAAAUACUGAAUGUUUUAUCCUAAUUGCAUCAAUCAUCUUGUGACCAACAGUAUAGUCUUUAACCCCAUAAUAAGACUCACUGGUUGACAGCCCUUAGGACAGUGAUGUACAGCAAGGAGUUACAUGUGUAAUUUGAUGAGUUCAAGGUCAGAUGAUUGGUUAAGCUGUGUGUCAGGCUGUCAGCGGGUUGAUGCAUGUUCCAGUGUAUCAUUGUCUUGUGUUUGAGCAGCAGAGUAAAUGUACACGUCAGACUUUGGGGAUCAGUGUCAAAGACUGAGUCUGCAAUAUGUUAAGAACCCAUCAAAUUACUUACAGUUUCAACUGUCAUGGCAGGUUUUUAUUAAACCUUAAUAAGUCAGUGUAAGGAUGUUAUUACAUCAAGUGUACAGCAAUAUAUAUGGUAUUAUAUAUAUAUAUUUGUUCAGUACUUUUUUGGUUCUGUAAUACAAAAUUUACAAUGUGUACUAAACCUAAAUAUAUGUCAUACAUUAAUAAGUUUUAUAUUUUUACAAUCAAAUCUAUCAGAAAAUAAAUAUUAUUAAAUAUUGUGCUUUAUUGACUAUCUUGCUAAAUAGAUUAAUACUAACAUGUAGUACAUAUUUUGUAGCCAGUAUGAACCUACAUGGGAAUCAGUUGUCAUGAUUUCGCCAGAAAACAAGAAACCAUAGUAUUUGUCCGAGUGAUGAUGGCACACUGGUUAAUAUCAUU